UCAUCACAAACAACCUUUCAAAAAUGGCUUUGAUCUCCAUGAAGUUCAUUAUGGUUGCUCUAUUGGCCACAGUAAUUCUCACCACUCUCUGCAACGCCGGCAAGGUGUACACCGGAGGCUAUCUUUACCCGCAGUUUUACGAUCAUUCAUGCCCGAAAGCGUCGGAGAUCGUCAACUCCAUCGUCGCCAAAGCUGUCACCAAGGAACCAAGAAUGGCUGCUUCUCUUCUCCGGCUUCACUUCCAUGACUGUUUUGUUAAGGGUUGUGAUGCAUCAGUGCUGCUAGAUAGCAGUGGUACCAUCAUAAGUGAAAAAAGAUCAAACCCAAACAGGAACUCUGCUAGAGGGUUUGAAGUGAUUGAUGAGAUUAAGUCUGCAUUGGAGAAAGAAUGCCCAAACACUGUCUCUUGUGCUGAUAUACUUGCACUUGCUGCCCGGGAUUCCACUGUUCUUGCUGGUGGACCAAGUUGGGAGGUUCCUUUAGGAAGAAGGGACUCUUUGGGUGCCAGCAUUAGCGGGUCCAAUCAUAAUAUCCCAGCACCUAAUGAUACUCUUCCAACCAUCAUCACUAAGUUCAAGCUCAAAGGCCUUGACCUUGUUGAUCUUGUUGCUCUCUCAGGUAGCCACACAAUUGGGCAAUCAAGGUGCACUAGUUUCCGGCAAAGGUUGUAUAACCAGACUGGGAAUGGCUUGCCGGACUUUACACUGAACCAAGUCUAUGCGAAUGAACUCCGGCAACGGUGCCCGAGGUCCGGUGGUGAUCAGAACCUCUUUCCUUUGGACUUUGUUAGCCCAACCAAGUUUGAUAAUCACUACUACAUCAACAUUGUUGCUGGAAAUGGCCUGUUGAGUUCGGAUGAGAUACUUUUGACCAAGAACAGUGUUACAAUGGAGCUUGUCAAACAGUAUGCUGUUAACAAUGGCUUGUUUUUUGACCAUUUUGCAAAGUCAAUGGUGAAGAUGGGCAACAUUGCUCCUCUCACUGGUUCUAAAGGGGAGAUUAGGAAAAUUUGCAGGAGGGUUAACCAUUGAUAUAUUGAGUUUGUGAAUCAUGAUGAAAAACUUUGGAUUAUAUAUGUGCAUUUUUAAAAAAUGGGGUGUAGUGUUUGUUGUUUUGUUUGAUGAUCAUAUUGUUGUGUGUUUCUUUGAAUUAGUAAUAAAUACAUGUGUUUUUAUUAUUCAUGUUCUGUGGUUGGG